AUGCAGUGUGGCGUGUUGGGCGGUGAGUUGGUCGAGGAGGUUGAUGAAGCAGAGGAAGAGGAGGUUAAGAUGGUAGUAGGGAUGGGAUCAUACGGUGGGAAGGUGAGAGUGGUGACGGGUGACCCAUGGGAGGAGAUAAUGCUACUUUGGGGGAUUCAACAACCCACACUCUCAAAGCACAACGCCUUUGUCCACCAAUCCUCACUCCAACUUCGUCUCGAUGCUUGUGGCCGCUCACUCUCCAUUCUCCAGUCCCCUUCUUCUUUGUGUGGUUUAGCUGAGCUCCUAUGGUGUUCACAACUUGUUGAACUGGGAGUUUUGUAUGUACUCGGCUGGAUUUCUUGUUCUGGUUUUUGUCCUCCAUGUUGGGUCUUUGUGAACAGAAAUGUAUUCAAGGACAAGGGCACGCCUGGAGUAACUGGAGCAGUGAUGUGGGACAGUGGAGUUGUUCUGGGGAAGUUCCUUGAGCAUGCUGUGGAAUCAGGGAUGAUAUCUCUUCGAGGCAAGAAGGUUGUUGAACUGGGCUCUGGCUGUGGAUUAGUUGGCUGUAUUGCGGCACUUUUAGGUGCUCAAGUUAUUCUUACUGAUCUGCCAGAUAGACUGAGGCUAUUGAAAAAGAAUGUUGAAGCUAAUUUGUAUGGAGAUGUGCGGGGUUCUGCGACAGUGAAUGAGCUCAUUUGGGGAGAUCAACUUGAUCUGGAAUUAAUUACACCUUUGCCUGAUUACGUGAUUGGCUCGGAUGUAAUAUACAGCGAGGGAGCAGUGAUGGACUUGUUGGCCACACUAAUUCGACUGUGUGAAGCUCAAACAACAAUUUUUUUGGCUGGAGAGCUUAGAAAUGAUGCUGUCCUUGAAUAUUUCUUAGAUUCUGCAAUGAAGGAGUUCAAUAUUGGGCGUGUUGAUCAAUCACAGUGGCAUCCAGAUUACUGCACUCCACGUGUCGUGAUAUAUGUUCUCGUGAAAAAGUGA